AUGAGCGAAGUUAGUUCCAGCGACCUUGGUUCCAGAUCGCGUACAGCUAGUAUUAAUUCUCAAAUGUAUGCAAUUCCGGACCCGGAAGACUCAGACUCGCAGCUUUCUGAGAGUAGCAGCGAUGACGAACAGGGUAGUGACCAACCUAGCGAAGACGACCUUGAACUAGACCAUAUAGUACCAGAAACAAGCCAUACAUUUGCCAUGGGCCAGCUGGACACACCGAUGUUUGAUAUUUCUAAAUACGUUUUCCAGUCGCUCUCGCAGGCGUUGAACACGGCCGACUUCUCGCAGGCAAUGGCCGUUCAAACCAGAACUUCUGGGCUGAUCAAUUCCAAGAGCAGGGAUCUCAAGAAUUUAGCAGAUACACUACAGGAAAAGCUCCGGCAUUUCGAAGUCCGUUUUGCCCAAGGGGCCCAAACGUCUCGACAAAUUUCCAAGAAUCUAAGCCAAUAUGCAUCACAAAUCGAGCACAUCAAUCAAGUUUUCCAACGACAGUAUCCGAUUGAGUUCAACCAAGCACGCGAGGAUAUUAUAGAACGGAACUCCUCAGAGGAGUAA